GGCAGCUGCGCUGUGAGAACCGCCAGGCGCUGCUCCCGUCACGGCCAUCCUCGAUCAGUUCACCCCUUCAAACAAUGUUAUCUAUAUUCUGUACGGCUCUAAAUCAAUCAUCGACGGCUAACUUGUAGACUCUGGCUUGAUUCUUCUAUCUGCAGGUUGCCAUGGCGACGGUGGUGAUGGAGCAGAUCGGUCGCCUGUUCAUCAACGCCCAGCAGCUGCGUCAGAUCCCUCAGCUGCUGGAGUCGGCCUUCCCCACGCUGCCUUGCACUGUGAAGAAGUCAGACGUUCCCUGGGUGUUCCGCGAGCGUCACAUUUUUGCCGGCUACAGGCAGACCGACCAGAGCUGGCGCUACUACUUCCUUACCCUCUUCCAAAGGCACAACGAGACCCUCAACGUGUGGACCCAUCUGCUGGCCGCCCUCAUCAUCCUUGUGAAGUGGCAGGAGAUCUCGGAGACGGUGGAUUUCCUGCGAGACCCUCACGCUCAGCCGCUCUUCAUCGUGCUCCUGGCAGCCUUCACCUACCUCUCCUGCAGCGCUCUUGCUCACCUCCUCUCUGCAAAGUCUGAGCUCUCCUACUACACCUUCUACUUCCUCGACUAUGUGGGAGUGGCAGUCUACCAGUAUGGCAGUGCCCUGGCGCACUAUUACUAUGCCAUAGAGAAGGGGUGGCACUCUAAAGUGCAGGGGAUCUUUUUACCAGCUGCAGCGUUCCUAGCCUGGCUCACCUGCUUCGGCUGCUGCUACGGAAAAUACGCCAGUUCUGACAUGCCCAAGCUUGCUAACAAGCUCUUCCAGGUGGUGCCCUCUGCCCUGGCUUAUUGUCUAGACAUAAGCCCAGUAGUUCACCGCAUCUACAGCUGCUACCAGGAGGGCUGCUCUGACCCGGUGGUGGCGUACCACUUAUACCACGUGGUCUUUUUCCUCAUCAGCGCCUAUUUCUUCUGCUGCCCGCAUCCGGAGAGUUUGUUCCCCGGGAGGUGUGACUUCAUCGGGCAGGGCCACCAGAUCUUCCACGUGUUCGUGGUGGUUUGCACCCUGACGCAGCUUGAGGCGCUGCGAACAGACUUCACAGAGCGCCGGCCCCUCUAUGAGCGUCUGCAUGGCGAUCUUGCGCACGACGCCGUUGCACUUUUCAUCUUCACUGCCUGCUGCAGCGCUCUGACCGCUUUCUAUGUGCGCCAGCGCGUCCGUGCCUCUCUCCACGAGAAGGAGCAGUAAGAAAGGAAAUGAAGAAAAACAAAGUCUGAAUUAUUUUACUCUGUAGUGACCAUUUAUUCAAUUUUUGUUGAAUAUGAGUUUGUGACAGUGACUCUAAUCAUUUCUCCUCCAUGUGAUCUGCCAAACUACCAGUGAAAAGUGAUUAAAGGUGUUUUUGUGACUUUAAAUGGGGUAAAGAGAGCGUUAUGAUUUGUCUGUAGCAUUUCAGGUAAAAGUCAAACACUGGAAUGACUUCCUGCAUCUAUAUUCUGCUUCUCUAUUGUUUUUUUUAUGGCAGAGUCUGAAGGCAUGCAUUUACCUCAGCCUACAAACAUACCUCCUGUCAAAGGAGCAGAGAAUUGAAGAGGCUAGUUUCCUUCUACCCAUCUUUAUUCUGAAAAUUUGUUUAAGAAUGCAUGAAUGAUCCAAGCUUUUAUUUCUACAGUUCUUGAACUGUCUGUAUGUCGAAGUCAAACACUGAUUCCAAUCCAAAUUUACAGCUUGGGUCUUGACUUAAAGUUCUUAGCACAUAAUGUUGAUCUCUUCGGAUUCCGCCUCUCUUAAGGGAUCAAAGCAGGGAUUUUAUUUGGAUUUCCAUGAACACUGUGCCACUGACACAUUCAAAAGUAUUCAUUCAAAGUUGAGAGCUCAAUUUGAAAACCAAAUAUUUAACUUCUUAUAAGAAAAGGGAUUUCUCACUCUGUGGAAUCUCAUUUAAAACGAUGAGGCUGGCACUCAGUAUCUAUGCUGAGAUGGAGGGAAGAUAACUGAUGUCCCUUUGUUGCAGUGACGAUGUUAAUCUUUUUUUAUUCAAAGGGCUGGAACUUCAGCUUUUGCCUUUUUCACGUCCCAUGAUGUCAGUGCUUUGAUGCGCUUUGUUUUCAUUGUAGGUGGAUCAGAUUUGAGUCACAGGAGCCGUGUCUGACUGUUGUUAAGCUUUUGGUAUGUUUUGUUUUUGUACGAUGAAUAUGUAUGUGCCUCUACGCAUGUCAUUUUGGUAUAUACCGUUGAAUUUAAGUGUGUGAAUGUCUAUGAAAGCUUAGCCUUGCACUCCUUUCUUACCUUGUAAAUACGCUUUAUUUUCCCCACAAGUCAUUUGCAUUGCAUUCUCUCUCCACCUCAUGCACUCAGCAGUGAAUGCAUCCUUUUUCUCUGGUGGAAUUCAGCACAUUCCUACUUUGCUGCAUCCUUUAAGAGCGUGUGUUUUGUUCAGUGUCCUCUCCCCGCCUUUUAGACUUUAAUGGCUAUGAAUUCAUCAUUUCACACUGCUGCACUGUUACGCCAGGCUAAAGAGCCCCCCGUGUUUUCUUUCUUUUCCUUUGAUGACUUUUGUUAUAAAAAUAUCACACUGAUAUGGCUCACUGAUAAUGUCGCUUAGAUUUUUAUCUCACAAAAUCUGUAUUCAUUACAGCACUCUCUGUUCAUGAUGGUGUUUAAUGUGCCAAUGAAUCUGUUGUUGCUUCAGUGAUGGUACUACUGAGAAAUGAAUGCAGAGACAGAAACAGCAGAAGUGAUUUAAAUGAUGUCUUUACAUGACUGCGAACAUGAAACCUGUGAGAUUGAACCUUAAAUAUGAACUUUUUAACUGUUGACUGUGGCACUACUGACCUGGUCUCAUCAUGCACUGCCUGAUUCAACACUGUACAUACUGUAGCUGUCGACACUGGCUAUGUUUACAUGCAUGGUGGGCUCUGCUGUUUAUGUGGUUAUUCCGGUUCAUGUUGACUCUUGAAGAAGUUCAGAAUAACCUGGAUAAAGGUGUGUAAACCUGUGACACUGCAUGUAUGGCAACAAGACUUUGGCUCUUUUUCACAAGAUAACUUUUUCAGAUGUAGUCUAAUGUUUCAUUGAAAGGCCACUUUAUAGGCUAAUGAUAUCCAAUUGGUAAAUGAAGCCUUGAAGACCUUCCAUUAUAAAUAUAUUGUCCAGACCAAAACUAUGACUACUGGGAUUAUAAUUUCUUUCCUACUUGUAAAAGAUAACAACCUUUGUUUGACCUUUAAGUGACCGCUGUUUAUGGCUGAAUAGAUUGUUUGUUGCAACACGGACACUGUCACAGGUUAUCCAAGUUGCCAACUGAACCUCCUAACUGGACUGUGGUUGGCACUGUGUACUGUAAAAGUGAAAGUGUGUGUAAACGUAGCCUCUGAUGCCACUCGAUGCUUCCCUCUACCCCCUUUUUAUGAAGGCAGGGUGAGAGGGACCAGAAAGUCUUCUGCCUCCUGAAAAUGUGUGUGACUGACUGUACUAAUAUUCUGUGGUAUUUAAGAAAAUAAAGUGUUACAGUAACUUGAAA